UGUUUUGUUUUUUUUAAAGGCUAUUAGCAAAAGAUGGUGGACCGCUUAGCAAACAGCGAAGCAAAUACUAGACGUAUAAAUAUAGUAGAAAACUGUUUUGGAGCAGCUGGUCAACCUUUAACUAUACCUGGACGGGUACUUAUUGGAGAAGGAGUAUUGACUAAGUUAUGCAGAAAAAAGCCCAAAGCAAGGCAGUUUUUCUUAUUUAAUGAUAUUCUUGUAUAUGGCAAUAUUGUCAUCCAGAAGAAAAAAUAUAACAAACAACAUAUUAUUCCCCUGGAAAAUGUCACUAUUGAUUCCAUCAAAGAUGAAGGAGACUUGAGGAAUGGAUGGCUUAUCAAGACACCAACUAAAUCAUUUGCAGUUUAUGCUGCCACUGCCACUGAGAAAUCGGAAUGGAUGAAUCACAUAAAUAAAUGUGUUACUGAUUUACUCUCCAAAAGUGGGAAGACACCCAGUAAUGAACAUGCUGCUGUCUGGGUUCCUGACUCGGAGGCAACUGUCUGUAUGCGUUGUCAGAAAGCAAAAUUUACGCCUGUUAAUCGUCGUCACCAUUGUCGAAAAUGUGGUUUUGUUGUCUGUGGGCCCUGCUCUGAAAAGAGAUUCCUUCUUCCCAGCCAGUCUUCUAAGCCUGUACGGAUUUGUGACUUCUGCUAUGACCUGCUUUCUACUGGGGACUUGGCCACAUGCCAGCCUACUAGGUCAGACUCUUACAGUCAGUCAUUGAAGUCUCCUUUAAAUGAUGUAUCUGAUGAUGAUGAUGAUGAUGAUAGCAGUGACUAAGGGCACGUUUUGAAAUAUAAAAUUGGAUGUGACUAAGAAAUCAGCUUUGGGGGAAAUGUAAAAUUCUGAGCUCUCUCUGUUUUGCUCUAGCCAUGAAUUUGCCUGAGAAACUUUUAACCUAUGUGCCUCAAUACAUUCUAUAGGAAAUAGCUCCUGUUGCCAUCCUCCCAACCCUACUGCUUCCACCACUCGCCCCACGACUUUCCAUUCUUCUGCAGGGAUAGCCUCUUACAAAUAUAGCAGAUAAAUUUUUGGUUUCUUAUUGUUUCAUUCUAGAUUAUUUUCUUGGAAGGUUGGGAAGAGAUGCUUAUUUAACAGAUCAUGUACUACAUUGUUGUUAACUGUUCUGUUAUAUGGAAAAACUAAAAGCAAAGAAUGAUGGACAAAGGAGUAUAAUGUGGUUAGUUAAUAACAUUAUUAGCUUUUUUCUAACCAUUCUGUUUAAUGGUUAAGACACCAGUAACAAAAAUACAUGAUUUGGAAAUACUUUGGCUUUUUCACAUACCAAGUGGUGCCUUAUCUUAAUAGCAUUGUUAUAUGAAAUAAGCCCCUACUUUCUCACCUUUUAGUUUGUUUUAAAAAUACACUGGUGCUCUUCGAGGUGAUAAAAUGAGUGUUUAUGAAUGGGUAUAAUUGGAAAAUAACUUGUCAUUUGACAGCUACAAAUAACUAAAUUUAGAAGUUCUUCUCUACGAAUAAAUAUUUUUUCACAAAAUAGUUGUGAUUUUAUUUUUAUGUUUUAUAGGUACCAAAUUAUAAUUGUCAGAUAUAAAUUUUCAGUUAAUAGGAGGUCAUUCUUAAGAAUUUGGUUUGGAAUUUAUCAAAUACAGAAUUGUCAAAUUGUAUUAGUUUGUUUUUAGUAAAAGACUUUGUAGGUAUAAAUUCAUCUGCUUUAACAUUAUUUCUAGAAUGAAAAAAUUAUAAAAUUCUUGAAAAUAAUCUGUUCAAAAAAAUCCUAUGAUAGAGCACAGAUCUACUUAGGCUGAAGAUUUGGAAAAAAUAAUAUGUAAGAAUGGUCAAGACAGACCAAAUUUGACUAGACUUUAUAUCUGUGGAAAUGUCUAUUUCGGUGAAACUAUCUUGGAUUUACAAAUAUAGUGUUAUAUUUUAUAAAGUUUUGUAAAGUCCCAAACAAUAUUUCUAUUUUUGUAAAACAUUGUAUGUUUAAUCUGUUUCUGAAAUCAUUUUGCAACGUGUGGAAAUAGAAUAGCAAUUGAUCUUUCUAAAUUGUGACCUUAGUACUGAGUCAGUCUAGAUUGCCUUUGAGAAGUGGUAAUUUUUCACUCUGCUUUUGAGGCAUCCAUUAGGUUGAAAGUAUAUUUAUCAUAUAAAACUUGAUGCAUUUUGCACUACUUUCUCCAUUUGUAUGCUGCAAAUAAACUACAGUCUUUCAAAUAUGAAAAAUCAGUCUAAAGAUUGUUUUAAAUUCUAAAUUCUUUUGUUUUUAAACUGUUAAAUCUGGUUAUAUUGCAUAUGUUAGUAGAGGUUCGAUUCAGUAACUUGUGAUGGAGGAUUCUUUGGUUUGGUUAAGGCACUAUACUGUUAAUUGUGAAAGCGUCUGGGAUACAUAGAUCUCCCUGCAGGAAAUGUGAAGGAAAAGCACAACAGGUUUUGUUUUGUUUUUUUUUAAUAUCAGAUGGACUUUUAUUUCCAAGCAAUAUAUCAUAUAAUCAACAUGAAACCUGAAACGUGCUAAUGGAAACUUGCUGGUACAUUAGGAACCUAGCAAAUUCAGGAACCAAGGGGAAAUGUUCUGCAAUAACAUUUGCAUUGUCAACCUCUAUUGACUUUUUUACAAUAAAAAAUACUUUACAAUUUACCUCUUUUUGUAUGUAUUGUGACUUGAAGAUUUUUUUCCCUCUUGCUAAGGUAAUGGAGAUAUUAUGCAUUUUUUCCCUCAUUCAAUAUGCCAAGCAUUAUUCUAGGCCCUUGGGGUAGAGCAGUGAGUAAAAAUUCCAUUCCUUUCAUGGAGUUUACAUGCAAAUAGAGCCCAAGAUGUGUUUUCUUCCAUAACUUUUUCUGUAAUUUUUCAGGCUUUUGUAAAUCUUAAUUAUAUGUAAACACGAAAUGAUUUUGGUCGAUGUUUCAUGCUACUUCUCUUGAAUGAUAUUUACUUGGUCUGUACUAGAUUCCCAGUAUAUUAACAAAAUUGGUAACGAUUGGUAUAAAGGAAGCAAGAUACCAAGGAAAAGUAUUAAGUCGAUUACACCUUACACAUGAAUUCAUGCCUUUGGGUUAAGUGCAUAAAAUGGUCAUAAUUAAUGUAAAUCAUUUGUUUAUAUAUCAUGUUUAUGCUGAAAUUCUUAUAAAUAAGUAGAAUUAAAUUGUAUACUUUAUGGUUUUUUGAAAGGUCCCAGUACUUGAGCUGCAGUCUCCUUUCUCUUGGAUGUGGUAGUUUUGUUCUCAAAUACAUGUUGUAGCUUUAAACAAUGUAGUAACAGUUAUCUACAUGUUCGCAUGUAUUAGAUUGCUAUACAUUUUACAAGAUAAAAUUUAAGUCUAGGAUGAAAAUACAUGAAAUUUUGUUUAUUGAUAAUUUUAAAAUAUUUCUUUAAAAGCUAAAUUAUUUUAGAUUCAUUCAACAUUAAGUGUUAUGUCAGGUUUUAUAGUAUCAGUGUUAGGUGUUAUAAACUUUUUAAAGGUACAUUUCUACAGGGGUUAUUAUCAGUGUCAUUCCCUUACAUAUCAAAAUAAAUUUCUUAAAAAUUA